AUGCUCCGAAGAGCCCGAGAGGCCAGGGAAGCCCGUGACCGAGAAUUGGCUUUGAAUCCGGAGGACUCUACCAGUGGCAAGAAGUUCAAGCAGCUCUACAAGGUCGGAGACCAGCUUGGACGAGGUGCCUUCUCGGUGGUCAAAGAGGCUACCCAUAAACAAUCAGGCAAAUCCUUUGCCAUCAAGAUCGUCAACAAAUACCGCCUGUCAACGGAAGAUGCAGAUGCACUGCAGAUUGAGAUUGCCAUUCUGAGGGAUAGUCACCACAGUCACAUUGUAGAGCUCCACGACGUCUUCAAUGGCUCCGAGUAUUACUAUCUAGUCACGGAAAAGCUUACUGGAGGGUGCUUGUACAAUCACAUUGCCGCCAAGGGCCCUUACAGUGAAGAGGAUGCCAAGGUGGCGCUCAAGAACAUGUUUGGGGCACUGGUAUAUACCCACAAACAAAAUAUUGUGCACAGAGAUCUCAAGCUCGAGAACCUCUUAUUGUCGAAAAAAGAUAGUCACACGGACAUCAAAUUGAUCGACUUUGGCUUUGCCAAGAAGGCCCCACCCGGUGGGCUCAAGACAUUCAUUGGAACACCGGGGUAUGUCGCUCCCUGUAUAUUGGAAGGAACCGGAUACGGAACACAAGCCGACAACUGGUCCAUGGGUGUAAUUGUCUAUUGCAUGUUGGGAGGAUACCCACCCUUUCGUGAUCCCAACCGUGACAAACUGUUUCGCAAGAUCCGAAAGGGAUCCUAUGUGUACGACGAACGCAAGUGGAAGCAUAUCAGUCAGGAUGCCAAAGAUUUUAUCAAACGGCUCUUGAACACCAAACCCAAGGAAAGAUACACGGCCGAGCAAGCGCUGGAAGACCCGUGGAUGCAGGGUAGCAUUCCUUCGCUGGAAGAAUCCGACGACGGCAUGAGCGUGAGUUCGGGAGUUAUCAGUGAUAAUUCGGGAGACGUUUCUUUACCAGCACGUGAAUUGGUCCUAAAGGACGCCCAUUACGACGCGUAA